ACUGCCAUCUACUGUCCUGUGCAGAGAUCACUGUAAACACUUCAGCAGAGCGUUUCCUCUUAAAGUAUUAGUCUUUAAAAAUAUCAUGAAACUCCUCGAUGUCCAGUCUUCCACAAGAAGCCAGCAUGGACAGCGAUCAUAUCAAGGUGUUGGUGAAGCUCGUCACCGAGGGCCGGCUGGGCUCUGUGCAGGAAGUGGUGACUUCAGGCGGUUCCGAGGCGGCUCACAUGGUCUGUAGCAAACACCUCGGCCGCUCUGGAGACACUCUGCUGCACUAUGCCGCCAGACACGGACAUUUGGACAUUGUAAAGUACAUCAUAACGCAACUGGGUUCGGAUGUGGACGUGUGCAACAACGACUAUAAGACGCCGCUCCACGAAGCUGCUUCAAUGGGGCACAAAGAAUGUGUCCGAUACCUGCUCCGGGAGGGAGCCAUGGUGGACAGCUUAAAAAAAGCUGACUGGACUCCUCUCAUGAUGGCAUGCACUCGUAAAAACCUAGAUGUUAUUCAGGAACUGCUGGAUCAUAGUGCCAACCCUGCGCUGAGGAACAAGGAUGGGUGGAAUGCCUUCCACAUUGCCUGUAGGGAGGGAGAUCCUCAAGUUGUGGAGCAUCUGCUUCUUGUUUUUCCUGACAUAUGGAGGACAGAGAGUAAGACACGCAGAACGCCACUGCACACUGCAGCAAUGCAUGGCUGUGAAGCCGUCGUAAGGGUUUUGUUGGAUAGGUGCAGCUACACCCCAGACAGCAAAGACAGCUGUGGAGUCACUCCCUUCAUGGAUGCCGUUCGGCAUGGUCACGUCUCCGUGGCAAGACUGCUUCUGGAGAACCACCAGGCAUCACCGGUGGCAGCUGAUAUACUUGGGGCUCAGCCAGUGCACCAGGUUGCUGUAACGGGACAGGAAGAGGCACUCCGUUUUCUGGUGGGGGACCUCAAAGUGGAGGUGAAUCAGAGGGCAACUGACAUCCAGAUCACUGCACUGCAUUAUGCCGCUAAGGAGGGUCACUCAUCCAUCAUUAAGACCCUGGUGGAGCUGGGGGCAGACCUUCAUGUUCGAGACAAAAAGGGACGAACUGCUCUUCAUAUGGCUUGCAUCGGGCAGCAUGCAGAGACGGUCAGGAUGCUGCUACUGCUUGGUCUGAAAGAUUCCCAGGAUGCCUCUGGAACAAUGGCACAACAGCUCGCCAAAAAACCUGGCGUUGUGCAAGCUUUUGAAUGUGUCUCACUAAAAGGAUCCUAGAAGUUUCUGCUGUGAACCUGGUUGCAUUUGCAGCUUUUUUUAUGGUUUAUUUGAGUAAAGAAAUAAAGAAAACGUGUGCAGUUGA